AUGGAGGUGAGCGGCAGUGCGGGCAGCGCCGGCAGCGGUGGCAGCGCCGGCAGCGGUGGCAGCGGCGUGAGCGGUGGCAGCGGCGUGAGCGGUGGCAGCGGCGGGAGCGGUGGCAGCGGCGGGAGCGGUGGCAGCUGCGGCGGGGAGCAGCAGAGGGAGCUGGAGCGCAUGGCCGAAGUCCUGGUCACCGGGGAGCAACUACGACUCAGGCUCCAUGAAGAAAAAGUCAUCAAGGAUAGACGGCAUCACCUCAAAACCUAUCCGAACUGUUUUGUUGCUAAGGAACUGAUUGACUGGCUGAUUGAACACAAGGAGGCCUGUGACAGAGAGACGGCCAUUAAACUCAUGCAGAAAUUGGCGGACCGGGGCAUCGUUCAUCAUGUGUGUGACGAGCAUAAGGAGUUCAAGGACGUGAAACUCUUCUACCGCUUUAGAAAGGACGACGGCACCUUCCCACUGGACAACGAAGUGAAGGCCUUCAUGAGAGGACAGAGGCUGUAUGAGAAGCUGAUGAGCCCUGAGAUGACACUCCUGCAGCCCAGAGAGGAGGAGGGAGUGAAGUACGAACGUACCUUCAUGGCGUCGGAAUUCCUGGAUUGGUUGGUGCAGGAAGGUGAGGCCACGACCCGGAAAGAGGCCGAGCAGCUGUGCCAGCGGCUAAUGGAGCACGGCAUCAUACAGCAUGUGUCCAACAAGCACCCGUUUGUGGACAGCAACCUCCUCUACCAGUUUAGAAUGAACUUCCGUCGGAGGCGAAGACUGAUGGAGCUGCUCAACGAGAAGUCCCCGUCCUCCCAGGAGACCCAUGACAGUCCCUUCUGCCUGCGGAAGCAGAGCCAUGACCACCGCAAGUCCACCAGCUUCAUGUCAGUCAGCCCCAGCGCGGAGGUCAAGAUCACGUCUGCCGUGCGGAGAAGCAGCUUGAGCAGCAGCGGUUACCUCAGCAGCAGCCCGACGCUCAGCAGCAGCCCCCCGGUGCUCUGCAACCCCAAGUCCGUGCUGAAGAGACCUGUCACUUCUGAGGAGCUCCUGACUCCUGGGGCGCCGUAUGCAAGGAAGACGUUCACGAUCGUUGGCGACGCCGUGGGCUGGGGCUUCGUGGUGCGAGGAAGUAAGCCAUGCCACAUCCAGGCCGUGGACCCCAGUGGCCCUGCGGCGGCAGCGGGGAUGAAGGUCUGUCAAUUUGUCGUCUCUGUCAAUGGACUCAAUGUCCUGCAUGUUGACUACCGGACCGUGAGCAAUCUGAUUCUGACGGGCCCACGGACAAUUGUCAUGGAAGUCAUGGAGGAGUUACAGUGCUGAGCAAGGGGACCUUACAGCUACCAGCGGCCAGUCACAGAGCGACCCAGCCAUGCCAGGACAAAAGUUUAUCCAAGUGGAUGAUUGGGACAUUCAAAUCUUUUCUCUGUCCAUACACAUCUUGAGUUUCAUACACUGUUUGAAUGUGGAGGAACCGGGUAACACAUCUUUAAAAAUAAACAUUGCUCGGUUUUGUAGCUCGUACCUGUGAUCCCAGCACUCAGGAGCCUUAGGCUACAAGUUCAAGACCUGCCUGGGCUACAGCGUGAGACACUGUCUCAAACAACUCUACACACACACAAAAAAAAUUCAGCAUUGAAAACAGAAGGAAAAACGGUUUUCCUACCUGAUGAAACUGCCUUAUUACAGCUGUUUGUAAUUCUCACCGUCGUUCAUGUUAGUUUGCAGAAAGUUGUUAAACUUUAUCAAUAGGCAGAAUCACAGAUUGAUAGAAUGCCCUUUCCAGGAUCUAUUAGAGUAGUCACAGAGGUUAUAUUCCACUUCCAAGCUGGUGAUAGGGGUGUACAUCUAUAGUCCAGGUUACAUGGGAGGCGAGGCAGGAGGAUGACUUGAGUACAAGUGAGGCCUAGCUUUAGCAACAUAGCCAGACCUCAUAUCAUAAAUAAAAAUAGCCAGGAGUGGUGACUCAGGCCUUUAAUCCCAGCACUUGGAAGGCUGAGGUAGAAAGAUUGCUGUGAAAUUGAGUCCAGCCUGGGCUACACAGUGGCUAGAGUAAGGGUCUGCCUCAAAAUAAGUAAAUACAUACAUACAAAAUGAGCUUGAAGUUAUUGAUAUCAGCAAGCUUCAAAUGAAACCAACAUCAUAGAAGUAUGACAUAGUUGCAGAAUUUCUAAGAAGGUUCUAAAGCGUUCAGCUGUGUGAAUGCCUUCAUGAAAUGAUUUCUUGUUUCAUUUUGUGUAUUUUUGUUCUCUAUGCUUCGGGAUAGCAUCUCCUGGCUGAUGGCUAUCUCUUAAUUCUUGCCUUAGCUUUAUGUGAAACUGUGACAUUGGAUUAAAAAAAAAAAUCCAUGAGUGGGGGCAAGUAGGGGGAACACUUAGUACCGUCUACUGUGUUUUCUCUUACUGGGCCUGAAUCAUUUUUUGCUCUAUAGUUCAGCUGUAGCGGCUUUCUCAAAAUCCAUUUUCGCCGGGCAUGGUGGCACACAUCUUUCAUCCCAGGAGGCAGAGGUAGGAGGAUCGCCACAAGUUCAAGGCCAACCUCACAAUACAGAGUGAAUUCCAGGUCAGCAUGGACUAGAGUGAGACCCUACCUGGAAAAACCAAAAGAAAAAAAUAAAAAUUCAUCCUCAAUUUAUUGAAUGUGAAAACAAGUUUGUUUAUCCACCAGUAAAAGUCAAGAGUCCACUUUAAAAGAAAAUAUUCUAUUACUUGUUACUUGCUUAUGGGUGAUAAAACUUGAAACUCCGAAUUGCCUUCUUAGCCUGAAUUUUUACAAGCUUUCUAAUAUACAUAUUUUAAGGGCAUGAUGUGAUGUGCUACUUAUUUAAGGAAAAUUUUUGUUGUUGUUGUUGUUUCGGUUUGGUUUUUUAAAGGUAGGGUCUUGCUGUAGCCUAGGCUGACCUGGAAUUCACUAUGUAGUCUCGGGGUGGCUUCGAACUCACAGUGAUCCUCCUACCUCUGCCUCCCAAGUGCUGGGAUUAAAGGCGUGCACCACCAUACACAGCAGGCCAUCAUUUUUCACUGAAAUCACUUUUGUGGACUGCAGUCUUACAUCUCACUUGUACAUGUGCAUAUUUCUUUUUUUGAUCUAGAAAAACGUUUCUUUGAGUGGUGUCUAAUCCCAGCACUUGGAAGGAGAAGGCAGGAAGGAGUUCAAGUCCAGCCUGGGCUAUAUAAGAUUCUAUCUCAAAAAAAGAAAAAAAAAAGCUACAGAGGAAAAAAAAAAUAAGGAAAGGAAAGGAAAGAGUGCAUUUGGGGACUUGAUGUGUAGAGGAAAUUCCUCCAAGUGCCAAAUUAAGCAGUCACCAAAUGCUCAAUUCUUUUCUAUUUCCUGUCCUGACUUUUGAGCUGAGUUUACCUUCUUAUUGUGCAUUCACAGGAUGCAGUGUGGGUGCCGUCCCCCAGUCCUUUAUUAACUGGAUGAAGUUAACAGGACGAAGUAAGAGUGUCGCCUCUCCUCGGCCCUUUCUUUGUGAUUAGUUUCAUCACGUACUGGUACUGGGGUUGUGGAUGCUGAGUGUUUUAUAUACAAAUCUAUAUAUUUCUGGUAAUCCAAUUUUUCUAGCUUUAGUAAGAAAAUAGAACUUUGGAGUAAAGUACCUUGGAAUGUUUGACGUUGAUAUUGUCAAUCUACAUUUGAGAAGAGUCCCCCGUACGCGUGUGUUUGUGCUGAGCGUGUGGCUCUGCGCAGUGGCGUUGGGUCUCCUUUCUCAAGACCGACAUCAUCACCCUCCAUUUUUUUUAUAUGUGGAAGCUAAGUCUGAGAAACAUGUAAAAUGUCCUUAAACUUCAAAGAGCUGUGGGAACUACUGUGUGAUACAGUCUGAAUUUGAACACUUUUUUUUUUUUUGUUUGUUUUAAACAUGGGUUUUCGUUUAGUGCUAAAGCCCACGUUAUGUGUCUCCCCCAGGCUUCCCCCAUUUAGGGACCCUACACUGAGGGCUCCCCCUGUCCUCUGCCAAGGCUUUGUGUCAUUUGUCUUAAUUGAUCUGAGAGGUCAAUACUGUCGUCGUCCCUGGUUGAUAAAGGAGAUGACUGACUCCUAAACAGAUGGUUGUCACACGCCCGAGACUACACAGCUAUUCCGUGUGACACCUUACCACGCAGCUUUAAAACUGGUUUUAUGAGCCAGGCAUGGUGGCGCACGCCUUUAAUCCCAGCACUCGGGAGGCAGAGGUAGGAGGAUUGCCAUGAGUUUGAGGCCAUCCUGAGACUACAGAGUAAUUUCCAGGUCAGCCUGGGCUAGAGCAAGACGCUACCUCGAAAAACCAAAAAAAGAAACCCAAAUGUUUUUAUGACUGUUUGGGGAGGGGGGGUCUAUUAAGAUAGGCUGUCAUGUAGCCCAGACUGGCCUUGGAUUCCUGAUUCCCCUGACUGUCUUCUGAGUACAGGAUCAUGGGUGUGAGCCACCAUGUCUGGCUUGAUGGAGCAUCUUGAAGAGAUGAGUCUUAGAUGCUUUCUGGGCCCGUGUGCUCAUUAGCCGAACGAUGCCUUUGAGCAAAGCCAGCCUCCCUGUUGUGUUCUAAAAGUGUGUCACACCCAGGUGCAGUUGCCUUGAACCCUGGAUACUGUAACUUCCUUUCUGCCAGUUGAAACCACAGAGAAGUAUCUGUGCUCUGCACAGCCUUCUCCUGCCCUUGGAAACUAUCCACCCAUUGAUUGAAGGAAUAUUCUGUUACAACAUAAUGAGUAUUAUUAAAGACAAAACAAUACCUUAUGCCAACA